AGUCAAUUGUCAGUUCGUUGUGUUUUGGAUAUUUUGUGCAAUUUGUGUUGUGUUGGCAAAAAAAUAGAUUUAAACAUUACUCCAUCAAUAUGAAAUUAAAGUGUUUACUUUUAUUUCUUGUCCUCCUUACCUACUAUGGAGGAGAAGCACAGAGCCGAGCGAAAGGGCUAGAAGAGAAGCUGCAGCAGCUGAAAGACCUAACAGCUAAGAAGUCAGUGAUAAACCUGAACCUGAGUAGGUUCAAAGAACUGGUGAAGGCCGCUCCGAGAGACUACUCCUUCAUAGUGAUGUUCACGGCCAUGGCGCCCGCGCGGCGCUGCGCCAUCUGUCAGUACGUGUACGACGAGUUCAUGAUUGUCGCCAACUCGUACCGGUAUUCCCCAGGAUUCAAUGACAAACUGUUCUUCGGUAUUGUGGACUUUGAUGAAGGGUCUGAUGUCUUCCAAAUGUUGAGGUUGAACUCAGCACCAGUGAUCAGACAUUUCCCGGCCAAGGGCAAGCCCAAGCCCUCAGACUCCAUGGACUUCGAACGCGGAGUGCAGGCCGAGUCCAUGGCCAAGUGGAUCCAGGACAGAACUGAUGUGCAGAUCCGAGUAUUCCGUCCACCAAACUACUCCGGAGCGUUUGCCUUCGCCCUUCUCUUCAUCCUAACUGGCGGGUUCCUGUACAUCCGCCGCAACAACCUGGAGUUCCUCUACAACAAGCAGAUGUGGGCCAUCAUCGCCGUGUUCUUCUGCUUCGCGAUGGUCUCCGGACAGAUGUGGAACCAGAUCCGAGGGCCACCGUUCUUCCACAAGGGACGGAACGGACCGGUGUAUAUUAACGGCGGCUCCCACGGUCAAUAUGUGCUGGAGAGCUACAUUGUUGCUCUUUUGAACGGCGCAGUAGUAGUAGGCAUGAUCCUGAUGAUCGAGGCGGCGGGCGGCGCGCGCGGGGACCAGCGACCUACAGCCGACGGCAAGAGCCGCCGCUUCACCGCCGUGGUGGGGCUGGUGCUGGUGUGCGUGUUCUUCUCGCUGCUGCUGUCCGUGUUCCGGGAUAAGACGCAGGGGUAUCCUUACAGCUUCCUGUUCAAAUAAGAAGCUGCUUCGAAGCAAUAUUAUACAUAAGAUGUGAGUGAAUGUGUUUUAAUACAGUGAUUAUUUAAUUAUUUGUUGGAUACAAUUAGCAACACCUAAGUAAAAAAUAUGUUUUUA